UAACUCUAAUAGUUGAAACCUACUCAAUUAUGAAGUUAUCGAUUUCCCUCAACACUGUAGUUGCAGUGAUGGCUACUGUCGGCAUGGCAGAUGCCCUCACUCUUCCUAAAUUUAACGAUCUUGCUGGUAUGCAACAAACUCUUGGACUUGGAAACAUGAUGGAAUCCUUGGACAUUGGUCGCAAUGCUGUUGUUGAGACCAUUGCUAAGUACAUUAACCAACCUAUUGAAACUGUUACUCCUGAAACUACCAGUCUCUGGAACUCAAUGAUGAACCAAUUCCCUGAAACUAUUGCCAAAAUGAACUUUAAGAUUUCUCCAAAUAAGUUUAAGAAGAUGGCUGCUUCCAAGUAUGACUUCCAUGUUUCCGAUGCCAAGCAUCCUAACCAUGAAUUGAGAGUCAAAUCUACUCCUAGAGACCUUGGUGUUGACAGUGUUAAGCAAUACACUGGUUAUCUUGAUGUUAAAGAUGAAGACAAGCAUUUCUUUUAUUGGUUUUUCGAAUCCAGAAAUGACCCAAAGAAUGACCCAGUUAUUCUUUGGUUGAAUGGUGGUCCAGGUUGUUCUUCUCUUACUGGUUUAUUUUUCGAAUUGGGAUCUUCAUCCAUUGGUCCUGGUUUAAAGCCAAUCUACAACCCACAUUCUUGGAAUAACAAUGCUUCUGUUAUUUAUUUGGAUCAACCAGUCAAUGUUGGUUACUCUUACUCUGGUUCUGCUUCUGUCACUGACACUGUUGCUGCAGGUAAGGAUGUCUAUGCCUUUUUAGAAUUGUUCUUUAAACAAUUCCCUCAAUAUAACAAGAAUCAAAAAUUCCAUAUUGCUGGUGAAUCUUAUGCUGGUCACUAUAUUCCAGUUUUUGCCACCGAAAUUUUGAGUCAUGAUGAUCGUUCAUUCGACCUUGCUUCUGUUCUUAUUGGUAACGGUUUAACUGACCCAUUGACUCAAUACAAAUACUACGAACCAAUGGCAUGUGGUGAAGGUGGUGAACCAUCUGUUUUGGAACCAGAAGAAUGUGAAGCCAUGCUUGAUUCCACUCCAAGAUGUUUAUCUUUGAUUGAAUCUUGUUAUGAAACCGGUUCUGUUUGGUCUUGUGUUCCAGCAACCAUUUACUGUAACAAUGGUCAAAUGGGUCCUUACCAAAAGACUGGACGUAAUGUUUAUGAUAUUAGAACAAUGUGUGAAGGUAGUUCCUUAUGCUACAAGGGUCUUGAAUACAUUGACAGUUACUUGAAUGAAAAGGAAGUUCAAGAAAAGAUUGGUGCUGAAGUUGAAGAAUAUCAAUCUUGUAACUUUGAUGUCAAUAGAAACUUUAUGUUUGCUGGUGAUUGGAUGAAACCAUACCACAAGGCUGUUAUUGAACUUUUAGAAAAGGGUCUCCCAGUUUUGAUUUAUGCUGGUGACAAGGAUUUUAUUUGUAACUGGUUAGGUAACCAAGCUUGGGCUAACGAUUUAGAUUGGUCUGGUCAUGAUGAAUUUGCCAAGCAACCAGUUAGAAAGUGGAAGGCUGGUAAGACCCAUGCUGGUGAUGUUAAGAACUACGAAAACUUUACCUUUUUAAGAGUCUUUGGUGCUGGUCAUAUGGUUCCAUAUGAUCAACCAGAAAACUCUUUAGACAUGGUUAACAGAUGGAUUGCUGGUGACUACAAAUUCUAAGGUAAAGAUUGCUGAGAAUUAUUAAGUGCAAAUUUCUUUUAUGAUAAAAAAAAAAAAUAAGACUAAGAGAAAUAUAACAUAAACAUUC